AUGCAUGUCUCCUCUACUUUUCCAGCAUUGCUGUCUUUUGGGCUUCUAGCCUCCGGUCUCGUCGUCCGCGAUAUCGCAGAGGAUGUCGACGCGGAAACCCUGAACCCCAAGACUAUCCCACAAACCAUCCGCCGCCUAGGGCGAGGCGAGAACAAAUUCAAGAAGCAGUGGAAAACAGCUCCAGCAUCGUGCACCGAUUUGGUACAUCCAUCCGAGCAAUGUAUCAAGGACAUGCAGGCUCAGCCGCAUACCAACGAUGUCAUUGCAUUCUCGGGUGGCGAGCUGAAGCUGGACAACAAUCACAAGUGCUCUGAUACACAGUUUGGCCAAUUCCAAACUGCGGCUUGGGACGCGCUUCAGUUGGGGUCUUAUAUGGGAGCACCUGAUCCGAAGAACUACAAAGAUGCUGUGACAUGGAGAAGGAAGAAGUUUGAUAUCUAUGUCACUUGCUCUGAUCCCAAAAACUACUGCAACAUCCAAAAAGAUGGCAAGAACAUUGGUGGGUAUGCUUAUGCCGUCAAGGGGUGGUUUGGCUACAUGUACUACUACAUAGCUGCAUGUGCACCAUUCUUCACAAUGGAUGACUUGGACACGAAGAUCAAUCAGAUUGAAAAAGAUCUGCGCAACGGCAACCUUAAUUCUGCCACCAGAGCUGUCUGGCAGAAGAACAUAGGCCAGGUAUUCCUGCAUGAGAUGAUGCAUCUCGAUGUCGUAGGUCAGCCACACAUCAACGACGAACACGUCGAUCCCGACUCCGCUCAAAACUGGGCCUACGGCCCCAACCGUACCCACAUGCUCGCCCGCCGCGCCCUCAACCAAGGUGGUGGCGCCGCCCGCGCCAGCACAAACGCCGACAGCUACGCGUGGCUCGCCAACAGUAAGCUCUUCUACGACAUCACAAACUACUUCCCCGCGCCGGACAACUACAAAGACAAGACACGCAGCUCGCCCGCCGACACGCCCAACAUGGAACUCGACGCCUGGAUGCUCGACUUCGGCGCCAUUACGGAGAAGACCACUGACGCCGAGCUCGAGGAGCGCAAGAAUAAGAUCCUAGCGAGCAUGGGUGGCGCAAGUGAGGAAAACAAGCCACUUCCCAAGGGUAAAUCCCUCUCCAUCGCCAUGGUCACACAAGUAAACUCGCACUCGGGCGGCGCCAGCCUCGACGCCCGCUGGCACUUCUACACCACGCCGCUCAACCGCGCAGUCGCGUGCGACGACAAGUCGCCUGAAGUCAAGGAACUCACGCCCCAGGGGCCUUCGGAUCCGAAAUCCAAUUUCGGCGGCAAUCACAAGGAGCUCGUGUGGCCGGGUGGCUCGUUCAAGCUGGAUAUCGAAGGCGCGCAAUGCGAGUAUAAGAGCGAUGGGUCGAAUGCGGGGAAUUUGUAUUGUCCGGGAAGGGUGGUGGGGUGUAAGGAGGAUAGAUUGAAGGCGACGGAUCAGGGGUUGCCGCAGUGCGGGAGUUCAAGGGUGAAGUUUCAUCCAGCUGUGUUUUGUGAUUUUUAG